CAAAGGAACAGAAAGAGAACAGGGGGGACAAAUACAAGGCUGGUAGCAGGGAAAGUUCAAGGAAACCUCCUCCUCCUAGCGGCGAAGGAGAACGGGUAUUUCUUUUUUCCAUAGUGCUAAAGGUUCGCAUGCCUGUUCUCCUGCAACCCAAACAUUAAGUUCUGGGUGGGUUUUCUUGAACAUUGUCGAUCGCUCGCGUCCAUUUCCGAUCCUAUUCGCCAGUGAUUUUGAUUAGUUAUGAGUGGGGAUUCAUCAUUUGGUCUUUGAUUCAAGUGGGUAUUCUGUAGGUUGAAGGGGUAUGAAUAUUUUGAUCAGACUCGUGGCUUUUUAGAUCGAAAUCUGCAAUCAUUUCUGUCAUUCUCGGAUGGGUGUUGACGAGUUUUGCUUUAUAUUAAUGGGAUUUAACUGAAAAGGAUUGCUAAUAUUUGAUCUGAGUUUUUUUUUUUUUUUGGGUAGAAAUAUUGGAUUCAUAUUAAUCAACUUUAUGUGGGUAAUGGUGUUUUAUGGAGGAUUAUCAUAAUUGAACGGAGGAUUUUGGAUAUUUGAUCUGCCUCAGCUGUGCAUUGUUGAUGAAUCUGCUUGUCAUUGAAGAGGAGGAUCGGUUUGCGAACGUGCCCACUUGGUUUCUGGGUGUUCUCUGGCCAUUUUACCUGCCCUUUGAACAAAAUACCUUUUCCUUUUGUAUUCCGAAAGAGAGAUGGGAUAAGGAGUUCUUUCAGCUGCAGAGUGGCUAAUCAGAAUUUGUCAAAUUUACUAAGGUUGUUGUAGUGAAAUUGGUUUUUGAGUUCUUUUUGAGAUGAAUUCUUCGCAAGAGUCGGUGUUGUCGUCAAAUAUGGCAGGCCUCGUUGAUGGUUCAUCGGCUCGCAGAGAGGUGUCGCGCCUUGAUAGCAUGCCUGUCUAUGUUAAGGAGCUGAUUGCUGGAGGUGCUGCCGGAGCGUUCGCUAAGACUGCUGUUGCACCCCUGGAACGGAUCAAAAUACUUUUGCAGACAAGAACAGAAGGGUUCCGUUCUCUUGGGGUGCUUCAAUCUUUGAAGAAGUUACUGAAGCAUGAAGGUGUUCAAGGAUUCUAUAAAGGAAAUGGAGCUAGUGUUAUUCGGAUUAUUCCUUAUGCAGCCCUACAUUUCAUGACAUAUGAGCAGUAUCGGUGUUGGAUUUUGAACAACUAUUCUGCCUUAGGAACAGGGCCCCAUAUUGAUCUUUUAGCUGGUGCAGCAGCUGGAGGAACAGCAGUUUUAUGCACUUAUCCUUUAGAUCUGGCUCGUACUAAACUUGCUUAUCAGGUCGUUGACACAAGAGGAAGUCUCAAUUAUGGAAUGAAAAGUAAUCAUGCCCAGCCUGCAUAUAAUGGCAUAAGAGAUGUACUUAGAAGUGUCUACAAGGAAGGAGGAAUGCGUGCACUCUAUCGAGGUGUAGGCCCAACACUCACUGGAAUCCUUCCUUAUGCUGGUUUAAAGUUCUACAUAUAUGAGGAACUCAAGAGUCAUGUUUCUGAAGAGCAUCAAAAGUCCAUUAUGAUGAGACUUUCUUGUGGAGCUCUAGCUGGGUUGUUUGGCCAGACAUUUACGUACCCAUUAGAUGUUGUUAGGAGACAGAUGCAGGUUGAAAAUCUGCAACAUUCAGUACAAGGAAAUGCCAGAUACAGAAACACAUGGGAAGGUCUUACUGUCAUUGUUUCUAAUCAAGGAUGGAGACAGUUGUUUGCAGGUCUAAGCAUCAACUAUAUUAAGAUUGUUCCUUCCGUGGCCAUUGGUUUCACCGCAUACGACACUAUGAAGUUUUGGCUCCAAAUUCCACCUCGACAGAAGACUCAGUCAAUAUCUGCUGCCUAAUUUCUUCACAAUAAGACCACAGAUGCAAGUCGGUUACCUUGGUAUACAAUUCAGCAAAAGCUUUGAUCCUCUGCAAUUUUGUAAUUGUUGUUUUACGUUAAUAUCAGACAAAUAUAAUACACUAACUGUCUUUGUUAGUUUGAAAUGUGGCUUUUACACUUCUUAUGAUGAUGCACCAAGGGUUUAAACUUCUUGUCUGAAAAUUAGUAUGGUGUAUCUUCCUUAUUAGAGCUAAGUUUUCCACUUCUGAUGAUGAUUUAGACGACUUUAACUUAUUUUGCUAAGAAAAAGUUUUGUUUAA